CUCCACAACAACCGCCCCUACCUCCGUCCAGAACUCCACAGACUCCGACUUUGGAUCCUGGGGACAGCCGGGCGGGGGAGAUACCAGUGACGUCACAACCCAGCGUCCAGAUACGACGUCUGAAGUUCGGAGCACCUCCGUAGUAGUUCCGUACACAACUGCCUCAGAUACAACAACAGCAACAACAACAGCAACAACAACAGCAACAAAAACAACAACAACAACUGUCGCUGCCACCAACACCACCACAAUGGCGUCUCUGUCAACUGUGGUGGCCACCCAGGCCACUCUCCGGCCGCUGGAAGAGAGAAUGUGUAUGCCAGGAUUUAUCUGCGAGGGAUCUGGACAAAUUUUGGAAACGUCUCGCACUCUCCAUGCCUAAGAAACGUCCAGCCCAAUCUGAGGACCCUUCCAGCCCCACGUCCUCCACAUCUCAGAACAGCAACGACGGCAGCAUAGGACAGCUAGUGACGUCAAAGCCUCCUUCCCCCACCACCUCCGCCGGUGAAAUUGCAGACAAUGAUCCCAAAAUCUCACCGGGACCAAUAAUCAAAGUGCCAUUCCCUUCCGAAAACGGAAAAGACGUUGAAUAUAAACAAAUUGUACGAGUUCCCGCGUCGGAGCUCAAAGACAAUGUACAACCUGGCAGGUCUUUGUGUCCAUUCAGCACGGGCUGGUUCCGCAAAGCGCCGCCCAAAGACAAAAUCUCCAGAACAAAACAAAUGAAGCCACCUCUUUCAGGAAACUCGAAAAAGCAAGAUCAGCUACAAAGUUUUACUCAUUUUGGAUUUGAAUCUGAGGUGGAUGGAGGUUGCGGGGUGUCCAGAUAUGCCGUUCAGAAGGGACUGUCGGACCAAAAUGGCGUCUCCUCGUCUGCAAACGAUGGUCAAAGACUGAGGCAAGCGCCGAUACACCGGGAACAAGAAGCUCUCUUCGCGCUAACCGAUAAUUUCCUGGGAGACCAAAGCAUCCACAGGCAGCUGGCCACAUAAUUAACCCAGUCGCUGACAGCAUUGAAAGAUAAGCUACUAUAAAAGCAAGACCAUCAACUCAGUGCAGGCGAUGACUAUGAAUAAUUGGUCGCUUUUAAGGACAGGGGGGCUAUCCCGAAAAAUGCUGUCAUGAGGAAAUCGAAGGUAAAAUU